AUGGCACCUGGAAAAAAGAAGGUACACGGUAAACGGUCUAACCAACACGUAAAACGGGAAUAUGCGGAGAGAUUUAACGACUUGCAGCUGGAAUCAUCAGAAGAUAGCAGUGGCGACGGCAGUAAUAGUGACUCUGAUAGUGAAGGUGUACCUCCUACGUUCCCAAUAAGCAUGUGGGACCUGAAUCAUUGCGACCCUAAGAAGUGUUCCGGCAGAAAACUGGCUCGACAUAACCUCAUCAAGAAUUUGAAACUAGUUCAACAAUUCAGAGGACUUGUAUUGUCACCGGUCGGCAAACAAUGUGUCAGCCCCAACGACAAAGAAAUUAUUGAAAAAUUCGGUCUAGCUGUGAUAGACUGUUCAUGGGCUAAGAUUGAUGAAACUCCGUUUGAUAGAAUGAAGUCACCAAACCCGAGAUUGUUACCAUUCUUAGUGGCUGCUAACCCUAUAAAUUAUGGGAAACCGUAUCAACUGAGUUGUGUAGAAGCCUUAGCAGCCGCUAUGGUUAUCACAGGACACAAAAAAGAAGCACAAUUCUAUUUAUCCAAGUUUUCUUGGGGCCACUCCUUUUUAGAACUUAAUGCAGAAGCAUUAGAGUUGUAUGCAGCAUGUACUGAUAGUAAAAGUGUAUUAGAAGCACAAAAUACAUAUUUGGAAAAAGUGAAGAAUGAAAAAGAUGACCGGGAUAUGUGGCCACCAGCUGAAUCUGAAUCGGAAACUGAAUCUGAAGAUGACUAA